AUGCAAACACGUUCAAUAUUAGAUACAAGUUUAAAUAAUUUAUUUACAAAUAUUGAACGGUUAGGUACACGUGAUUUAUUAUUCUAUGAACAACUUUCAUAUGAUACUAUAUUAACAUCAAUUCAAAUUGGUCAAUAUCCUAAAAAUGAUAUAUGGCAUUCAUAUGAAAUACGUGCACGUAUUUAUACAUUAUUACAACUACCAAAUGAAAAUACAAAUUCCUUAAAUAAUGAACAUGUUAAUGAAGAACAAGAAAUGAUUGAUAGUUCAUCAGAUAAUAUUCUUAUUGCACUUAUUGCAGAAUUAUAUGAACGUCCUUUAUCAUUAUUACUUUCACACAUCAGUUUAUCGGAUCGUUUAAUGAAUAAGAUGGUUUUAGAAUUUGUUGCAUCAACACAAAAAUUAUAUCCUCAAAUACUUGCAUAUACAGUUUUUGCUUUUUUUUGUGCUUUAAUUAAUACAUGUUAUUCAGCUGCAGUUAAUGGAUGGACUUUAUUAUCAAUGACAAAUAUUACACAAAGAAAAUUAAUAGGUAUGGCUAUAUAG